AUGUCUCAAUCGGAGUUCACAUUCCUCGCGCAGGUGGUUAAACCGAUCAACGUUUUGGUGGUCGACAGCACUGGCUGUGGUUGGGCGACGCAGGAACGUGGAGCAGUCGGCGUCUUUGUCAAACUGCCAAUGACGUCAUGUACCCGCUCACGGCCCGAUGUGGCGGCCUCAGGCGCAGGAGAGAUCACACAGGACGGAUGGUUCUCGAAGAACUGGGAGGGGUGCUCGUUUGAUCAUCCUCCGGCGCAUGUACAUGCAAUCCCACCAUACAUUAUCCUGUAUCAUUCUGGGCAGCAGGCGUGUAGAGUACAUUCAUGGGGUAUCGAACUAAAAGGCCUCGGGCCGCGACCUGUCAAAGCACUCUUGGUGGACUUCCGCUGUAUGGACCUCGCAAUGGCACCGAACGAGGAGGCGACCAUUUUGUGUGGGUGA